AUGUUCACCCUUCCACUCAUUCUGGCUGCUGGCAGUCUCCCCCUCAUUUUCGGGGCUCCAGUGCCUUCCACUCUCUCUUUCGAGUCAAAGGAUAUUACCACUCAUUCUCUCAAUGGACGCAGCACCGACUUGUACUCUGCGGUUUUCGGUGGUGACGGUUUGGUGUCGGACGGCUGGCCUGCCCUGGAGGAAUGGAUCUCUAGCUUCGACGAUAUGUUUGAGAGCAACCGCGCGACCAUCAAGGAGAGCUGUGCUCAAUUUGAUGUGGACAACAACUCCGACGAGGAGACCGAUGACAUCAAGAGUGCCAUCGCCUCCGUCGCCGAAUCUAGCGGUUUGGACUCUCGCUUCAUCCUGGCUAUUGUUAUGCAGGAAAGCAACGGUUGCGUUCGUGUCAAGACUACCAACUAUGGUGUGAACAACCCUGGUCUCAUGCAGAGCCACGAUGGAACUGGUAGUUGCAAUGAUGGAACUCCCACCACUCCCUGCCCCCAGUCCGAGAUCCACCAGAUGAUCCUGGAUGGUGCCUCCGGUACUUCUGCGGGCGCUGGUCUCAAGCAGUGCGUUGAACAGUAUGGCGGUACCGGUGACGUUACCAACUACUACAAAGCUGCUCGUUGCUACAACUCUGGUUCUGUUGCCUCCAAUGGUAACCUGGGUGCCGGCAUUGCUACUGGUUGCUACGUUUCUGACAUCGCCAACCGUCUCCUGGGCUGGUCUUCUGGAACUAGCAUGUGCUCGGAGAGCUCCAUCGCCAGCUUGACUGGCAGCAACUGGAGUGGUGGUCAAUCUUCCUCUGAUACCAGCUCCAGCGCCAGCGCCAGCGUUAGCUCUAGCACCAGCACUCCCACCAGCUUCAGCACCAGCAUUUCCACCGCUACUCCGGAGCCCACCACCACCUCCGAGGCCACUCCCACCAUUGUCGCUACCACAACCCCCACCGUUGUCGCUACGACUACUCCGGUCAUCCCAACCCAGGCUGCCGUUCCUUCCACGCCCGUCAUUCCUGCCCCGGUUGCCACCUCCAGUGCCGCCUCGUCCGUGACGCCCAGCGCAGCCCCAGCGCAAGCCACUGCCUCGUCAGCAGCUGCACCAAUCUACCCAUAUGCCACCACAUCCUGCACACAGUAUACGACCAUCACCGGAGGUGAAUUCUGCGAUUUUGUCGACACUCUUUUCGGCAUCACCGUAUCCACGCUCCAAAGCCUCAACCCCGGUUUGGAUAGCUCAUGCUCAAAUCUCUGGCUUGGAUACCAGUACUGUGUAAAGGCGUGA